CUCGCCAAACGGAACGGAUCGUCGUUUGUGAGAGCUUCCGGCGCGAAAGAUUGCGACGGAACGGUUUAAACUUUCAAGCGAGAACUCUCGAGGCGUACAGUGAGGCGUUUCGCGCGUACAGGAUAUAAUUACCUAUUGAGGCAGAACAACAAUUACGGACGAGUCAUAAAAAAAAUCUUUUAUGGAGAGUCUCCAGAGUUUCGCGCGAAGGAAACACAAAGGAGAAAUAACCAUCAGCAACAAGUAGUGUGUGAUUUAUUUAUCGGGGUGAACUUUUGACUUCGAUUUGUUCGCUGAUUUGAAUUUUACGAUUGGCAUUCGUUUUGCAGGGUCGCCAAAUAGAAACAACGACACCGAACCAAAAGGGGGGAAAACAAAAACAACGAAGACGCCAGCCAAGUUGAGCUAAAUCUUAUGAAUGGUAGGAAACGCGGAAGGCAUUUUGCGGCCCAAAGCAGAAUCAGUCCCUAGAAUAGUAACGAGUACGCAACUGGGGAGAGUCACUGAGAACAACAACAUCAACGACGACGUAGAAAAACACAGCACAAACAGCAGCAUCAGAACGGACAGAUGACGACGCAGACGUUGAACAAUAACAACAACAAGAGUCGAUGGCGUCGUCGUGGACAUCGGUGGAAUGUGGCGUCGAUUUUCCUGGUGCUCAUGUUGGCCCUUUUCAGCGUCUCGACGGUGGUCGAUGCCACCUAUCGGAUUGGCGUCGGAAGGGCAGAUUGUACCGGACCUCCGGUUGAGAUUGGAUUCAUGGGCUACGCAGAGUUCAGCCAACGAGGUCACGGAAUCCAUCUGCGUCAAUUUUCCCGGGCCUUCAUCUUCGAGGACGAACACGAAGAGCGGGUAGUGUUCGUGAGCGCGGAUGCGGGCAUGAUGGGCCACGCGGUGAAACGAGAUGUGGUAGAUUUACUACAGAAACGGUACGGAGAUGUUUAUCGGAUGGACAACGUGGUCAUGAGCGGGACUCAUAGCCAUAGCGUUCCUUCGGGGUUCUUGAUGUCGUUUUUGUAUGACAUUGCUUCGUUGGGAUUUGUACCGCAGAACUUUAAUGCGCUCGUGGAGGGGAUCGCGUUGAGCAUUGUGAGAGCUCACGAGGGGAUGAGAGAUGGUCGGAUCUUCGUAUCGGAGAUCGAGGUUAAAGAAGCGAAUAUAAAUCGGAGUCCUAGCGCUUAUGAGAAUAACCCGAAGGAAGAACGUGCUCGAUAUAAGGAUUAUACCGAUAAGAAGUUGGUUCAGCUGAGAUUUGAGGAUCCGGGAACAGGGGAGAUUUUUGGAGCAGUUAAUUGGUUCGCCAUUCAUCCGACGUCUAUGAACAAGACCAAUUGCUACGUAUCGAGUGACAAUGUUGGGUACGCCUCGAUCUUGAUCGAGCAGGAGAUGGAUCCAGGGAGUUUGCCCGGGAAGGGGGCGUUUGUAGGGGCUGUUGCAGCGUCGAAUUUAGGGGAUGUAUCGCCGAAUAUAAUGGGACCUAAGUGUCAGCGAUCGGGACUACCAUGUGACCUGUUGACGUCUUCCUGUCCCAGUGGACAGGGUCUUUGCAUCGCUUCCGGCCCGGGAAAGGAUAUGUUCGAGAGUACCCGGAUCAUUGGGAGGAGGAUUCAUGCGGCGGCUUCGGAACUGCUCAAAUCCCGAGGAGGUCGGGAAAUCCGAGGGCCGAUUGGCUACGCCCAUCAGUUCAUCGACAUGACUAAGACGGAGGUUCCUUACUUCAACCGAACGUCUGGACAAACGGAAUCCGUUAGAGGAUGUUUCCCGGCCAUGGGGUAUAGUUUUGCAGCGGGUACCACAGAUGGUCCGGGGGCCUUUGAUUUCCGGCAGGCGAUGCUGAAGGAUACGGCUUUUUGGAAUGCAGCUAGGGAUUUUAUAGCGGUUCCAACGGAUGAGGACAUCGCUUGUCAUGCUCCGAAACCCAUAUUGAUUGCAAGUGGGAGGACAACAUUCAGCUACGAGACGCAACCGAAGAUUGUUCCGGUGCAGGUCCUGCAAGUGGGAUCAUUUGUGAUAGCUGCGGUUCCUGCGGAGUUUACAACGAUGUCGGGUAGGAGGUUGAGAGAGGCCAUUGAGGAAACUUCCUUACAAGCUGGUGGAAAAAGGGUUCAGGUCGUGAUCGCCGGUUUGUCGAACAUGUAUACAAGUUAUGUGGCUACUCCCGAAGAAUACGCUAUUCAGAGGUAUGAGGGAGCGUCAACUUUAUACGGACCUCACACCUUGACGAUCUACUUGCAUCACUUCCGGAAGCUGAUGGAAGCAAUUGUAAGUGGAGUGAAGUUGCCCGAUGAAGGGCCGGAACCUCCCUUUGAGGAUUACAAACAGAUAACGCUCUCUACCGGAGUAGUUUUCGAUGGGCAUCCAUUCCGAAUGUACUUUGGAGACAUUCAGGAACAACCCAAGGAAAUCUACGAGAAAGGGGAUACUGUGAAGGCCGUUUUUGUGGCCGGCAACCCAAGAAACAAUCUGAUGCACGAGAAGAGUUACUUCACGGUGGAAAAGUUGGAUGACCAGGGUCAAUGGAAGGUGGUGGCCAAUGAUGCCAGUUGGGAGACGAAGUUUCGCUGGAUUCGGAAAUCGACCCUAGUGGCGUAUAGCGACGUCGAGUUCGAGUGGGAAACGGGACCGGAGACUGAGGAAGGAACCUACCGGAUACAGCACUUUGGGUACUGGAGAUACAUUCUGGGUGGAACCUACCCGUACAAUGGGACUACAAGGAAUUUUAGCAUUUUGUAGUAUUGUUAGUCAAUAAGGCAGGAUUAUUUUUACACACUGUUGAAAUGUGAUAGCAAUAAACACAACUAGUCAGAC